UGUAAAUCCAAUGGCGGGAAAAAUUGAAAAGGAUCGAAACAACAACAACGAUUUAAUACAAAAUGGUAAAAAUAUAGUCCUUAAACAUGCUUUAAACAGUUACUUUCUUUCGUUUUUAAUGAUAGAUUAAUGCUAUGAUGUAUAGUAAUGAAUGUAGUUCAUUUUGAAACUAUAACACAUAAUUUAUACACGCUUUAUACAUUUGCAAUGAUAAACUAAAAUAUAUUACUAUUAUUACUAAAUAUUUAAAUACGUUCAAAUACUAUGUUAUUAUUUUAGUCGAAAAAGCGGGGCUUAAGUCUUGACGAGAAGAGAAAACGUAUUAUGGAUAUCUUCUUUGAUAGGGUAUUAAAUUUGUUUUGUAUGUUAUUAUGUUUAUUUUUAAAAUAUAUUUGUUGAUGGGUAUAAAGCUUUUAAGGUGCAAUGUGCUGUAAUGGAUCUUACUUUUCUUUUUUAGAAAGAUUUUUUCCAACUGAAAGAAAUUGAGAAGAUUGCUUCUAAAGAAAAAGGCAUAAGUAUGUUUGAGUAACAGGAACGUGACAAUCCUAACAACGUGCACCUUGAGCUUGUUAUGCACCAGUGAUUGUAACGUCCUGCCACGCCCCCCCCCCAGCUUGGAAAAUGGUGCAACAAAGCAAGGACAAAUGUAUGUUAUCACAAGUUUGUCCUACAUACAGGGAAUGUAGCAUAGCCCACCCCGACGAUUUAGUCCAUGUGCAAAUAUUUUUGUGUUCAUUGACUGUGAAAACAAUAAUUUCUAAAGAAAUGAAAAAUGAUAAUUUUGAAUUUGCAUAGAGGGACUAAUUGUCGGGCUGGUUACGCCACUGCCUGGCACACAGCGAUUACGUUCCAUACUGGACAAAUCAAGAAAACAGCUGUGCUUAGCAUAUGGUACCUGUAAACUUCCUUUCCCUGUUGAUAAUGUGGAAGGUAUCAAUUUCUCUGCUACCAAUAGCACUCUUGUUGGCUGUCAAAUAAGGACUUUAAAACAUUCCCCUUUCUUGGAAGCAACAUUAAACCACUGUGGAUGCAUUUAGAUUUAUUCAAUGCUUAAUCGAUGUUGAUUGUUGAUAAACGAUUAAUCAGUCACAAAAAUGAAUGAAUAGGAGAAGCUCAACAUGUAUUGUUUAGCCACAUCACAUCUGUUUUAAACAUCAACUUUCCUACCAUGUAAUGUUCAUUCUAAAUAUGCAAUAUAUCAUCAUACAGAUGCUAUGGUAGUGAAAGAAAUAGUACAAGGUCUAGUUGAUGAUAAUAUGGUUGAUACAGAAAGGAUUGGAACAUCCAAUUAUUUUUGGGCUUUUCCAAGUAAAGCCAUGAUUGCAGUGAGUUUUAUGAAAAAUAUCAUAAAUAAAGAUAUUGCUUACUAUAAUUCAUUGCUCUUUAAUUAACCCAUUGAGCUGCGGGGCUUCCCCAUUGAUGAGUAAAAUUGUCUGGCGUGAGACGAGUAAAAAAAUAAGUAGGGGCACUGGGGUGCAUUGCGGCUCAAUGGGUUAACUAGGCAUAUUGUCAGAUUUUUUGGUUCAACCAUUAAGCUGUGGGGCUUUCCCAUUGACAGGUAAAAUUGUCUGGCAUUAGACAAGUAAGAAAAAAUAAGUGGGGCACAUUGUGGCUCAGUGGGUUAAUUAAUAACACAUUUGUAAGGUCUUAGUGAUAACAUCUCUAUAUUUUUAGAAAAAAGCCAAGUUGCAAGGUCUCAAAAACAAUAUUGAAACUUAUGAACAAAAGAAAGUACAACUUGAGAAAGACAUAAAGGAGGCUAAAACAACAAGAACGGACACUGUGAGGCCAUUACUGUGAAUCUUGCAAUGACUGUGAUACUCAUUAACAAUUCAUUACAACUCAUCAAUUUACCAUAUGUAUGAUUUUCAGGACAAACGGACUGAGGUGCUCAAAGAUUUGGCAGGAAAAGAAGAACUAUGUCAAAAACUUUCUAAGGAGCUUGAGCGCUAUAAAGAAUGUGACCCAGAAGUCUUGGAGAAAAUGAUGGAAGAAACCAAGAUGUCGCACGAGGCAGCCAAUCGCUGGACAGACAACAUCUUCUCAAUCAAAUCUUGGUGCACCAAGAAGUUUGGAGUCGAGGGAAAGGACAUUGAUAAAAAUUUUGGUAUUCCUGAGGACUUUGAUUAUCUGGAAUAAUAAACUGUGUAUAUACUUGAAAUUUAUUUUAUAAACUGUUUAGUUUACAUUUUUGUAUUAACUGCAUAAAUGCACUAAUGACAUUGGUAAAAAUGUAUUCGUGGUGGAGGAAAAAAGAUAUUAAUUUUUGUGUUUUUGAUUAUCUGGAAUAAUAAACUGUGUAUAUACUUGAAAUCUAUUUUAUAAACUGUACAUGUUUAGUUUGCUAUACAUUGAAUUUUUGUAACUGAAUAAAUGUACUGAUGUUGGUGAAAAUGUAUUUGGGGUGGUGGAAGCUAUUCAUUUUGGUAUUCUUGAGAACUUUGAUUAUCUAGAGUAAACUGUCUAUAACUUUGAAGAUUGUAUAUGUUGUUCUCACUCAUAUAUGAAAAUGGACUAUGCAACUUCAUACAAUAGAAUGGAUUAACUUAGUUUCAACCAGAACGGAUUAACUUAGUUUCAACCAGAACUUUGCAGUAAAACACUCCUAUCUAUUAAAGAUGCUGUAAAGUCCAUAAUGUAAACAAACACUUUGUUUACAUUUUGAAGUCAGUGCUACAGUUGUAAAAUAUGAUUAGAUAUCACUAUGCUUGUAAAUGAAUAGACUAGAGAUUCAAUUCAAGAAAGUUCGUAAGGUGCAAAAUAUUAAUAACAUUCCAAUGGUCAGGUCCCAACCAUUCAUGGAAGGUAGAAAGAAGCUUUACAGCAUCUUUAAACACCCCUUACAUAAUAUGUCCUUGCACUAUAGAAGCAUUUACCAAAUUCUUCGACUCCCUGAGCACAAAUUACAUUAGCUCACACAUUGAAAUGUGGAUAUUUAAAUUACCAGAAAGGUACAAAUGAGUUCCACCGAACUUUAAAAAACUUGUAUUUUCAUAUUUUAUUAAUUACAUUAACGAUGUUCACUAAGCAAUACAAAUAUCAUUGCAUUACUAUAUAACACUUUGUACUACCUAGUACAUUCUUCACUAUGUUAUGCAGUGCCAUAUAAAUAUCUGAUAGUGUUUAUUAAAUGUUUAUAUGUCGUCAUCAUCAUCGGGAAGGGCAGUCUUCUGUGCCUCAAUCAAAUCGGCUUCAAUUUGUUGUUUUUGUGAGGCAUCCAUGACAAUCUCGGGUGGUAAGAGUGCAGGCAUUUCUGUGAACUCUAGGUUAGGGUCACCUGUGAGUUUUCGAGCUAGCCACAAGAAUGGUUUCUCAAAGUUGUAGUUACUUUUUGCGCUGAUGUCGUAGUACUAGA